GUGGUCGUCUGCUAGCUAGUCUGCUAGCCUAAAACAAGGAGCUCAAAACAAGACAAAAAUCCGAUCGUAUGGUUGAUCAGCGGUUGUAUUAGCGUGUAUCUUGAACUUUCAAGUCAAGAAUUUUGGUUUAGUACGAAAGUUUGCAACCAUGUCUGAAAGAGAAAGACGAUUGUCGACUGCAAGUUCGUCGUCAACUACUGCAACCGAGAGGGGAGGGGGGCAGGAGAGAGAGAAGCUGCAGUUGCUUUCACUGUCCACUGGCAAGUUUAUGGACAUCCCAGAGAAGGACAGGCUCGGUAAAUGUCGCAGUGUUCAAGAGUUUGAGAAACUCAACAGACUUGGUGAGGGCACCUAUGGUAUAGUUUAUCGUGCCAGAGACACACGGUCUGGAGAGAUUGUUGCUCUGAAGAAGAUGAGGAUGGAUCGAGAGAAGGAUGGCCUGCCUAUCAGUGGUUUGCGGGAGAUCACUCUGCUGCUGAAUGUGACCCACAGGAACAUUGUGGACCUGAAGGAAGUCGUGGUGGGGACCAAGAGUCUGGACAGCAUCUUCCUGGUCAUGGAGUACUGUGAACAGGACCUGGCCAGCCUGCUGGACAACAUGGACACCCCAUUCUCAGAGGCUCAGGUGAAGUGCAUCAUGCUGCAGGUGUUCAAUGGACUUGAAUAUCUGCAUGAUAACUUCAUCAUCCACAGAGACCUGAAGGUUUCCAACCUACUCAUGACAGACAAGGGCUGCAUCAAGAUAGCUGACUUUGGCCUUGCCAGAACCUUUGGCCUGCCCCCUAAGCCCAUGACCCCCAGGGUUGUGACCCUAUGGUACAGGUCACCAGAGCUGCUGCUGGGAGCCAAGACACAGACCACUGCUGUAGAUAUGUGGGCUGCUGGCUGUAUAUUUGGGGAGCUCCUGGCCCAUAAGCCUUUGCUUCCAGGCAGAUCAGAAAUUCACCAACUGGAACUUAUUGUUGAGCUACUAGGUACCCCAAGUGAGGCCAUCUGGCCUGGUUUCUCCCAGCUGCCAGCAUUAGAACAGAUCAGCCUGAAGAAGCAGCCCUACAACAACCUUAAACAUCGCUUCCCCUGGCUGUCUGAAGCUGGCCUCAGACUUCUGAACUUUCUCUUCAUGUAUGAUCCCAAGAAAAGGGGCAGUGCAGAAGAGUGCAUCAAAAGUUCAUACUUCAAAGAAAAGCCCCUCCCCACAGAGCCAGAGCUGAUGCCCACCUUCCCACACCACAGGAACAGGAGAAGAAAUGUGCAGAGACCAGAGGCCAGGCCAAAGGAUCAAGACACAGCAUACAAAAGACCUGAUUUUGGACAAGCCUUCUCCUCACCAGCAAAGAAGAUGAAGCUAUGACCAAUGGCAACACUGGCCAUCAACAAAAUACACUGACACAGUGGAUGCUGAUCACCCAUGUUAGAUCAUGCAAACUCAGUAUCAUUUCUAGCUCAGGUUGCCAUCAAUCCAGUUGGUCAAUUUGUGAGGUGAUAGAACUGUUACUGUUUUGCCAUUACUUGCGGCGGUCUCAUCACUUCAAGCAACUUCCUUGUAACAUGGAAGAAGUGAGUGUACAAAAGACUGGGCAAUAUCAAUAUGUUUACUAAGUAAAUUGGGUUAAUGUUUAAUGUUUAAAGUUGGGUUAUACCAUCUUAACUCUUAGAAGGGAGG